AUGUCAUCCAGUCAUCGAAAGCUAUAUUUAGAGAAAGAUGUCAAUAUGGAGUACGCAAAUAGACAGAAUAAAGAUACCAUAUACGUUUUGGUAAACAAGCCAAAGGCUACAGUCUCUUGCAGGAAAAAUUUUGCAGUGAGUACAUACCAGAUAUAUAAUUAUCUCCAUAGCAUAGGAGCCAUAAUUAGAUCUCUCAAUGAGUUUUCAAUGCAUGUUUGUUUCUGGCUUGAUAGUACCGCAACUCAUCUUCAGGAACCGGCCAUGGUCACCCUUUAA